GCAGAGGCCCGGGCGGCCAGCACGAGCACCGGCGACCAUGUUCCGACGCAAGCUCACGGCCCUGGACUACCACAACCCUGCAGGCUUCAACUGCAAAGAUGAAACAGAAUUUAGAAACUUCAUUGUUUGGCUUGAAGACCAGAAAAUUAGACACUACAAGAUUGAAGACAGAGGAGAUGCAGUUCUGAACGAAGCGGCUCAGAUCUUGCGAUUGCUGCACAUAGAAGAGCUCAGAGAGCUACAGACGAAAAUCAAUGAAGCCAUAGUAGCUGUUCAGGCAAUCAUUGCUGACCCAAAGACAGACCACAGACUGGGGAAAGUCGGAAGAUGAGCACAUCAGGAUUUCAGCUUCUCGCCUGCCUAGUGUGAUGGGAACCAUGUGCAUCGGCAUGUGUUUGGAAAUCAAAUGUCACAUUUUCGAGGGAGGAAUCCCAGGAAAUUGGCCAUGUUCUAGAGAUUUACCACCAUUGCUUUUUUUUUUUCUUUAAUAAAGUUGGGGAAAGUAA